AAUUUGCCCGAGACAUUGAAGCUGAUUUGCGAACUAUUGACCGCAGAUCCGGAAGGUGGAGCAGCACGAGUUCAGUUUGAUCAGUGGCUUGAAUUCUAUCGUUAUUUGGGGAAAAUCGAUGAAAUCCCGGAGCAUCAUAUCAAUCACGUGCUGGCUUAUUUGACAUUUGACAUGUGA